CAGUAUGGAUGAAACUCUGCAGUGUACACUAACACAAGAUUCGGAGGUUGUAAUGAAGAAUUCAGAUCCAACAGAACAGGACAUUUACAGAAUAGACAUCAAACACAUGGCUGAACCCUGAUUGGAUCAGAGGCUAAUGACUCGGAAUACAGGGGGUACGUUAGUUUCCUACCUGUGCGCUCAGUUAGCUGUACUCUACACCUACAACUGGUUACUAAUAAUGUUUUACUAUAGGAUGUUGGCCGGGAAGGAGAGGGAUUUAAUCCUAGCCGCUGAACUUGGUAAAGCAUUGCUUCUCAAGAACGAGGAAUUGAGCAGGAAAAAUGAGCAGAUGGCAGAGGAGUAUUCAUUCAAACUUGAGGAUUUAGAACAAGAGAAUUACCAGCUGCGUAGAAGGUUGGAGGUAGCUGAAGAGGAAUAUGAAAUCAGAAUUCAAGAGUUACAAACAGACCUCACAAAUCUUAGGGAUGCAAUAGGUCAUCAUAGUAGUUCUCAUAAAUUUUUUGAAAGAGAUAAAAAUCAGACUAUCAAUGAUUUGAUUAAUAUUUAUUAUAGACUAUCAAUGAUUUGA